AUGUUGCAACAUGAAUUAGAUUUGAUUAAGCCUGAGGAAAUGAAAUAUCAAUUCCUAGAAUUCAAUAGGAUCAUUAAAGAAGCAAUGGACAUAGCUCAACCUGAACUUAAUGAUAGAAUUUGUAACUAUUUUAAGUUGUUGAAAAUAGUGAGUUUAGAAAGUACUUGCUUGAUGAUUAAAUGA